GCGUGUGGGUUUCGGGAGGACGCGGUUCCGUUCCUAGUAAUGGGACCGGGAGGGACAGCUGCCAGGCCGUGCGGUGGGCAGUGCGGUAGGUGUGGCCACGCACUGCAGCCGGCAGCCGCGUGGGCAGUUGCGUCCACCCUGGAUCCUGUUACUCCGACCUGGGGCACAGGGUUGCAGCGCCAGGAGCCCAGACGAAAGCCGCCUUACCUGCCCUUGAAGCCAAUGGCCCUCUCUGGGCGACACAGGCUGAUCAGAGGCUGCUUUUCUGGGAGCCUCGCUGGGCGGAAGUUCCAGCUUCUGCAGGAGGCUUCUCCCACCCCGUGUCCAUCUCCCACCCCAGUCCUGCUCUGUAGGGAGAGCUGGCUGGGGACAUCCGACCGAAGUCCCACCAGCACACUAGCCUGGUGGUGUGGCCAGGAACAGGGCCGGAAACUGCCUGCAAGCUGCUGGGGAAUUGGGGAGAAGAGGAGGCAUUUAUCUCCCCUGAGGGUAGCAGCAAGUGGUCUGCUGGGCUCCAGGGAGGACUGGAACCUGUCUCAAAAGGACAGAAAGCACAGGAAAGUGGAAGCCAGGCUCUACUCCCAACUAGAGAGAUGGUGGCUGAUAGGGGAUAACAGCAACCUGCUGAAAUCACACCUGAGAGUAUGGAAACCAGAGUUUGGGGAAGUGUGUGUGUGUGUUCACAUCAGAGAGAGAUGCUCAGACUCACAGACCUUGCGCCUGUAGCCUUCCUGCUUAACUGUCCCUCGCUGGGCAGUACUGCCCUUGGUGGGUGGCUGCAGGGGCUAGGGCUGGGAGCCUCAGUGGUCCUGGUGCUGCAUUUCUGUAGCUUGGUCAUCAUGGGGCUUAAGGCUUGGCUCCUGGCCAGACAGACUCCUCUGACCCACAGCCCCUAUGAGAACAAGGCAAGACCCAUUCCUGCUGCAGUCCUGGGCCUCUCCAGAGAAGCCUUGGAGUCAUUCCUCCAACCCUAGAGGCCGAACUGUCCUCCCCAGGCUCAGGCGUGCCCUGGGUAGGCUGACCACAGACUUGUCUGCCACACCCGUGGGAGGGCAGAGCAGGCUGAGGCAACGUGGUCCCCUCCCAUUCGCUGGUGGUGCCACGUCCUCCUGCCCAGCUGCAGAGGGUGUUUGUUGUUGUUGUUGUUUUUUUAAGAAAUUUUUUUCCUUCAUGCUUUGGCAACCUUGUUCUGCUGAUAAAUAAGAACUGUUUACUUCCGCAUAUUAAGAUGGAUUAAGGAUGGUCAUCUCCCAUUUCCCCUCUGGAGCUGAGGGGUCUUCUCCCCCCAGCUCUAACUGCUCUCCACCCUCUGCUUUCUUUUUUCCAGCUAGCCACACUGCCCUGGAAGGCAGGCUCCCCCAAUCCUCCUGGCACUUCUCCCUUUUGCGUUUUGGUCAGUGCUUUGAAUAGAUGGAACACUUUAAAGAAGGGAAGGAGGAGGUCCCUAGGGGUGAGGCUCAGAUGAGCCAAGGCCUGUACAGUUUGGCAGAAACCUUAGUUGUGCACAGAGCCAGUGCCAACAAUGGUCCUUCCCAGACCUGCUGACCCUUAUAACACCCACGGGGUAAGGCAGUUUCCAGGCUUGAAAGCCCAGGUGCAGGGGAGUGGCACACAGCCCUGCACUGGUGUGGACUCCCCUCUCUCAUACAGUGACUAGUGGUUUCAAGGGACCCGAGGACUAGGUUUCAGAGGCCAGCCUGGGGUCUGUCUCCCUUAGUCUCAACUGAACUUCCUCCACCCUGGCCCUGGUAGCUUCCUGCCCUGCCCUCUGCUGCCCCUUUCUCCAUGGCAGUUCCUCUUCCAGGAGGCCCAGCCAUGCUUAGAAUGGCCUUCUUCCUCUUGUUCAGCUCCAGGGCAUGUCUGCGUCCCUGGACACCACAUCAGGUAUUCGGUUACAUCUAGAGAGAACCCUGUCCACCCAGGUACUUCACCGAGUUCCUGCCUGUUGCAGAUGAGGAAGUGAGCUCAGAGGUGCUGUGCUGGCUCAGCAGUUCAGCCAGGUGCCACGGAGGCUCUCUGCCUGUGCAUACCAUAGUGGGGUAGCCCUAGUGUGCCAAGGGGAAGAGCUUGAGAGAGCACUGUCCAUUCACUGCUCAUUUCUUCUUUAUCAUGAAAGCUUUGAGAAGCAUGUGACAAUGCAGAGGCAGGUGUAAGCACAGAGGAUCCCAGCAUCUGCGGGCUGGAGCCUUGUCCACCAGCACCUGACCUCAGCACACACUUCUGACACAUACACAGGGUCUGGAGACAGAACCGUGAAACCAUGCUUCCUGCCCGCAGCUGACAGCACGGUAGAAUGUUCUGGUUCCUCAGCAUUACAACACCUAUUGGCCAGAUUUCUCCAGUGGAAAGAGCUUAUUUAAACAGUUUUCGCAAGCUGGGGCCCAAACUCGGCUGUGCACUGCCCUCAGCCAACUUGCCUGAGUCUUUUCCCUGGCAGUGUGCCGUGGUGUGAGUCUUGCGGCCUCUGCCUGUGACUGUGUGCCAGGUGUCCCUGUCACGUCAGUUCUCAGCUCCUGCAGCACUAUGGGCGGAAGACACUUGGAUAUUUUAAUAGCUCUGCCAGGUGGUGGAGCUUCCUUCCACCAGCAAGUGCAUGAAGUCCACUAAGCAGGUCCAGGAAGAGGCACACGAAGGGACAGGGCAUGUGGCCAGCACUCAGCAUGACACUGGUCUCCACCAUGGCCUCAGUCACCUCAGGCAUGGGUCUGACUGGUGUUCUGCUUGUCCCCCUUUGGUCAGUGUGUUCCUUGUCCCUCUGUGCUGUCUGACAUUCCAGCCCCUCAUUCCUAGAGUCCCGGGUACCUUUCUGAGGGACACAGUGUGAAACCAUGAUGUGGCACAAUCUAGGCCUUGUCAGCAUUCUUUUUUUGUGGGAGCGGCAGGGUACUUGGGAUUGAACUCAUGGGGGCUCUGCCUCCUCAGUCUUUUUUUUUUUUUUUUUUUUGAGACAGGGCUUCCCUAAGUUGCCCAUUGCAGUCCUCAUACCUCAGCCUCCCAAGUUGCUGGUAUUACAGGUGUGUGCCACCACACGAGGUCCCUUGUCAGCAUUUCUAAGGCAGGUUCUUCUGCCUUGUGUUUGUCUUAAACUGAGGAAAUGGUAAUCUAAGGAUGAUAACUGUCUGACGGACAGCCAUACUGUUGUCACCACCCGCCUGCCAUUACUAAAAGAGAUUGAGGGUUUCUUUGCAGUGAUUACCACAUUGCUGUGUCCUGAAAUGGACUUCAGGAGUUUGACCUGAUCCACUCCUGCUUGCUCUCAGUGCUGGGGGUGGCGGGGUCUCCUGUGUGCCUGCCCUACUUGCUAUUUUCGUUUUGUUCAUCAAGGCUGGCGGCCUCUCCCCAGCCAGGCCCCACCCGAAAAGACCCUAGAUUUCAGUAGCCAGUGUCGAGGUGGGAAGCCUCAGGUCCUACUCCAGCGCCAUUGUGCCAAGAGCCCUGAGCCCUGUCCUGGGUCCUCUGUGAGGACCAUGUCCUAUCUCCUCAGGCGUCCAUCGGUCAGGAAGCCAAGUCCCAGCCAUGGAGGUGGAGGAGCAGCCACCUCAGGAGGCUGAUGGGGAGCCCGUCCUGACAUCAGGGGCCUCGGGGUCAGUGCCCAGGGUGCUUUCCGGAGAACCCCAGAACCUGUCUGACGUGGAUGCCUUCAACCUGCUCCUGGAGAUGAAGCUGAAACGGCGGCGAGAGCAGCCCAACCUGCCUCGCACUGUGACCCAGCUGGUGGCUGAGGACGGGAGCCGGGUGUAUGUGGUGGGCACUGCCCACUUCAGUGAUGACAGCAAGCGGGAUGUUGUGAAGACCAUCCGGGAGGUGCAGCCAGAUGUGGUGGUGGUGGAGCUCUGCCAAUACCGUGUGUCCAUGCUGAAGAUGGACGAGAGGACGCUGCUGCGUGAGGCCCGGGAGGUCAGCCUAGAGAAGCUGCAGCAGGCUGUGAGGCAGAACGGACUCAUGUCUGGACUCAUGCAAAUGCUGCUGCUGAAGGUGUCUGCCCACAUCACAGAGCAGCUGGGCAUGGCCCCUGGCGGAGAGUUCAGGGAGGCCUUCAAGGAGGCGAGUAAGGUGCCUUUCUGCAAGUUCCACCUGGGUGACCGACCCAUCCCAGUCACCUUCAAGAGAGCCAUCGCUGCACUCUCCUUCUGGCAGAAGGUCAAGCUGGCCUGGGGCCUGUGCUUCCUGUCAGACCCAAUCAGCAAGGACGAUGUGGAGCGCUGCAAGCAGAAGGACCUGCUGGAGCAGAUGAUGGCCGAGAUGAUCGGGGAGUUCCCUGACCUGCACCGCACCAUCGUCGCGGAGCGCGACGUCUACCUGACCCACGCGCUGCGGCAGGCCGCCCGGCGCCUUGAGCUGCCACGCGCCUCUGAAGCCGAGCCUAGGAAGUGUGUCCCUUCCGUCGUCGUGGGCGUCGUGGGCAUGGGUCAUGUGCCAGGCAUCGAGAAGAACUGGAGCACCGACCUCAACAUCCAGGAGAUCAUGACCAUCCCCCCGCCGUCCAUCUCGGGCAGAGUGUCCAGGCUGGCCUUGAAGGCCGCCUUCUUCGGCCUGCUGGGCUACGGCCUGUACUGGAUGGGCCGCCGCACCGUGAGCCUGGUCCUGUCGCUGCCCGCUACGCAGUACUGCCUCCAGAGGGCGUCUGAGGCCCGGCCACGCCAGUAGGCAGCCCGCGGGGGAGAAGCUGGCACCGCCCUGGAGUCGUCUUGGGUGCAGGUGCAUUAAAGCCACCCCCCAUGGGGGUCCAGGCCAAGCCUCGCUGCCCUUCCCAGUCCCUGCCCACCAAAUAAAAGAUUAUUGAAUCAUCUGAGCUCGGGCCUCCCAGCAGCCCCCUCCACACCACAGGGGCUGUCCAUGGGCUUCAGCACUCAGGCCAGCUCCAGGGGCGGGAUGGGAGGUGCCAGGUGCACAAGACCCAACCCCCUGGGCUAGGCCCGGUGAGCUGCUGACUGUACCUACCUCACUGUGCCUUGUGCUGCAGCUGGCAGGAGCGUCUGGUCCCAAGUGCAUCUCCCAGUGGGUUUAGGGCCCGCCCGUUUGGCGAGGGCCAGACGCCCCACACCGCUGUGUACUGGCAGCUCCGAGGGAGAUUUGCUGACCUGGAUGUGCCCUGGCUGCAGUCUCUGCCUACAGAGCUUCUGUGUUUGGGUUUUUUUUUUUAAUGUCUAAAAAUUUUUCACUCAGGUAAUUUUAGCUUCAAAGAAAAACAAAAACUGGAGCAAAUGUCAGGAAAUACAAGCCUUAAAUCCAGCUGGGACAAAGAGCAAGGCUUCCUUUGUGUCUCUGAUCUGAGUGGGCGUGUGCACGUUGGGUCAGCUUGGGGUCCAACCCAGCCCUCUGGGGGCUGAACCUGAAGGCUGGCACAGGCCAGGUGUGAGGCUGCUGUCUAGGUCCACCCUCCUUGAGGUCAGGAGGGCCUUGAACCUGCUGUCUGUGCAUCCAGGGGGGGUACCUGGGCCACCUUGACUCUUGGUGCACAACCAGACAGUCUGUGUGUCAGCCUGUGCCACGCAGCACUCCUGGUCAGCUGUGGCCAGCAUCUGUACAACUCCCCAAUCAGGGCCCAGGGUCAUUUGUCCUUUGUUGACUGUCAGCUGAACCAGGUAAAACCCACCCAUUUUGAGCUGGACAGGGACUGCCAAGCUGGCUGGGCUGUGUCUUCCUGUCUCAUGUUUGUGGAUUUGUUCCCUUAGAAAUUGAAAUAAAUUCUAAUUUUGGAA